GCAAAGGCACUUGUUUCUGUCGCCUUUACCUUACAACAAACCACCUACCUUUUACCUUCCCUCACCCCGUUUGCAUUCCCAUCGCUACUACAGACUCGGCGUCGACCUGCCCAUGAAUGUCUCUCGUUCAUCGUCGGCCCGUCUAGUAGUUCUUUUUUAUCAGCCAUCUUCUGUCUUACUCCUUCCAGCUCUAGCCCCCCGCCUGACCUAGCUCCUCCAUGGCAGCGACCUACGAUGUCGGCACGAGAGCGUGGCAGCCUGACGCAGCCGAGGGCUGGGUAGCCUCGGAGCUCAUCAGCAAGAAUGUCGAGGGCAACAAGACAAAUCUGGUCUUUCAGCUCGAAAAUGGCGAGACCAGGACCGUUACCGUCUCGACGGAGAUUCUGCAGAGCGGAGGCUCUGAUCCCUCCUUGCCGCCGCUCAUGAAUCCGACAAUCCUUGAAGCCAGUGAUGACCUCACUAACCUGUCGCAUCUUAACGAGCCGGCCGUGUUGCAGGCGAUUCGAUUGCGCUACUUACAAAAGGAAAUCUACACCUACAGUGGUAUCGUCUUGAUAGCGACAAACCCCUUUGCUCGAGUCGACUCUCUCUAUGUCCCGGGCAUGGUCCAGGUGUACGCCGGGAAGCAGCGCGCAACCCAGGCACCCCACCUGUUCGCCAUUGCUGAGGAGGCCUUCAUGGACAUGAUCCGCGAUGGCAAGAACCAAACCGUCGUCGUUUCUGGCGAAUCCGGUGCAGGAAAGACAGUCAGCGCAAAGUACAUCAUGCGCUACUUCGCUACGAGAGAAUCCCCCGAAAACCCUGGUGCUCGCAGCAAGCGAGGCGCCGAGACCAUGAGCGAGACGGAGGAACAGAUUCUGGCAACCAACCCCAUCAUGGAAGCCUUUGGCAACGCCAAAACCACCCGCAACGACAACUCAUCGCGAUUUGGUAAAUACAUCGAAAUCAUGUUUGACAGCGGGAGGAACAUCAUCGGCGCCAAGAUCCGCACAUAUCUGCUGGAGCGAUCACGUCUUGUGUUCCAGCCUCUCAAGGAGCGAAACUACCACAUCUUCUACCAGCUGGUUGCUGGCGCCUCGGACGAAGAGCGGGAGGCCCUGCACAUCCUCCCAAUCGAGCAGUUCGAGUAUCUCAACCAGGGAGACUGCCCAACCAUUGACGGAGUGGACGACAAGGCAGAGUUCGAAGCCACCAAGAAAUCCUUGGCCACCAUUGGUGUCACCGAAGCGCAGCAGGCCGACAUCUUCAAGCUGCUGGCCGGUCUGCUCCACCUGGGCAACGUCAAGAUCACGGCUUCGCGCAACGACAGCGUCCUCGCGCCGAAUGAGCCAUCAUUGGAGCUGGCCUGUAGCAUCUUGGGCGUCGACGCCGCCGAGUUCGCCAAGUGGAUUGUGAAGAAGCAGCUCGUGACCCGAGGCGAGAAGAUCACAUCCAACCUGAGCCAGGCCCAGGCCAUUGUCGUGCGCGAUUCCGUGGCCAAGUUCAUCUACUCGAGCUUAUUCGACUGGCUGGUGGAGAUUAUCAACCACAGUCUCGCAACAGAAGAGGUUCUCAGCCGCGUCACCUCCUUCAUCGGCGUGUUGGAUAUCUACGGUUUUGAGCACUUUGCGAAGAACUCGUUUGAGCAGUUCUGCAUCAAUUACGCCAACGAGAAGCUUCAGCAAGAGUUCAACCAGCAUGUGUUCAAGCUCGAGCAAGAAGAGUAUCUGCGGGAGCAGAUCGACUGGACUUUCAUCGACUUCUCGGACAACCAGCCGUGCAUUGAUCUCAUUGAAGGCAAAAUGGGCAUUCUUUCGCUCCUGGAUGAAGAGUCUCGUCUGCCAAUGGGAUCCGAUGACCAGUUUGUCAUGAAGCUCCACCAUAAUUUUGCGACCGAGAAGAAGCACCCCUUUUUCAAGAAGCCGAGGUUUGGCAAGUCCGCCUUCACAGUCUGCCACUAUGCCGUCGACGUCACCUACGAGUCCGAGGGCUUCAUCGAGAAGAAUCGAGACACGGUGCCCGACGAGCACAUGGCAGUCUUGCGCGCCUCAAGCAACUCAUUCCUCAAGCAGGUUCUGGAUGCUGCAUUGGCUGUUCGCGAAAAGGAUGUCGCGUCGGCUUCGUCGACCGUCAAGCCCGCCGCUGGUAGGAAGAUCGGCGUGGCUGUCAACAGGAAACCGACGCUGGGAGGAAUCUUCCGAUCGUCCCUGAUAGAGCUGAUGAACACCAUCAACAACACGGAUGUGCACUACAUCAGAUGCAUCAAGCCCAAUGAAGCCAAGGAGGCCUGGCAGUUUGAAGGGCCGAUGGUUCUCAGCCAACUUCGCGCUUGUGGUGUUCUCGAGACUGUUCGCAUCAGCACGGCAGGAUACCCGACUCGUUGGACUUAUGAGGAAUUUGCUCUGCGGUACUACAUGCUUGUUCACUCGAGCCAACUCACCUCUGAGAUUCGGCAAAUGGCCGAUGCCAUCUUGAAGAAGGCGCUGGGCACCAGCACUGGAAAGGGACUCGACAAGUAUCAGCUUGGCUUGACCAAGAUCUUCUUCCGCGCCGGCAUGCUUGCCUUCCUGGAAAACCUGCGCACCAACCGCCUCAACGAAUGCGCCAUCCUCAUCCAGAAGAACCUGCGGGCCAAGUACUACCGCCGCCGCUACCUGGAGGCUCGCGAGUCCAUUGUGCAGACGCAAGCAGUGAUUCGGGCGUACAUUGCGAGGAAGCAGGCCUUGGAGCUGAGGACCAUUCGCGCGGCAACAACCAUCCAGCGCGUCUGGCGCGGAUACAAGCAGCGCAAGGAAUUCCUGCGCAUCCGAAAGAACCUGAUCCUGUUCGAGUCGGUUGCCAAGGGUUACCUGCGCAGACGGAAUAUCAUGGAGACACGGGUCGGCAAUGCCGCACUCGUCAUCCAGAGAGUAUGGAGGUCGCGUAUGCAGCUUCGCACCUGGCGGCUGUACCGCAAGAGGGUGACGUUGAUCCAGAGCCUGUGGCGUGGCAAGUGCGCUCGUCGAGAAUACAAGCAUAUGCGAGAAGAGGCCCGCGAUCUCAAGCAGAUUUCUUACAAGUUGGAGAACAAGGUUGUCGAAUUGACCCAGAACCUAGGAUCGGUGAAGGAGAAGAACAAGAAUUUAAUCUCGCAGGUGGAAAGCUACGAGGGCCAGCUCAAGUCGUGGAAGAACCGCCACAAUGCGCUCGAGGCGAGAACCAAAGAAUUGCAGACCGAGGCCAACCAGGCGGGCAUCGCGGUCGCGCGCCUUCAAGCCAUGGAAGACGAAAUGAAGAAGCUCCAGCAAGCAUUCGACGAGUCGACUAUGAAUAUCAAGCGUAUGCAGGAAGAAGAACGCGAGCUCAGGGAAUCACUUCGCCUAACCAGUUCUGAGCUAGAAGCGACCAAAGAGACCAGCCUGGAGCGCGAGAGGGAUAACAUGAGCCUUCGACAGGAACUGGAGGCGCUUCGGGACGCGCUGGAGCUUGCGAAGCGCAACGGAACGCUCAAUGGCGAAAUUACGAAUGGUGUCAGCAACACGCCGGCCGUGGCCAGUGGACUCAUCAACCUCGUCUCCUCUAAGAAACCGAAGCGCCGGAGCGCUGGCGCGGAGCCUCGCGAACUGGACCGCCUCAGCGGCACAUACAACCCCAGGCCGGUGUCCAUGGCCGUCACCAGCACCUCUCACCGCCAGAACCUGUCGGGAGCCACCUUCAUCCCCGGGGUCGACAACAUUGAGAUGGAGCUCGAGAGCCUGCUCGCCGACGAGGACGGCCUCAACGAGGAGGUCACCAUGGGCCUGAUCCGCAACCUCAAGAUACCCUCCCCCAACACGAACCCUCCCCCCUCGGACAAGGAAGUCCUUUUCCCAUCAUAUCUUAUCAACUUGGUGACCUCGGAGAUGUGGAACAACGGCUUUGUCAAGGAAUCGGAGCGCUUCCUUGCCAAUGUGAUGCAGUCAAUACAGCAGGAGGUGAUGCAGCACGAUGGCGACGAGGCCAUCAACCCCGGCGCCUUCUGGCUGUCCAACGUCCACGAAAUGCUCUCCUUUGUCUUCUUGGCGGAGGAUUGGUACCAGACUCAAAAGACGGACAAUUACGAGUAUGACCGUCUUCUGGAGAUCGUCAAGCACGAUCUGGAGAGUCUCGAGUUCAACAUUUACCACACCUGGAUGAAGGUCUUGAAGAAGAAGCUGCAAAAGAUGAUCAUCCCCGCCAUCAUAGAGUCGCAGUCGCUGCCGGGCUUCAUCACGAACGAAAGCAACCGCUUCCUCGGCAAGCUCCUGCAAUCAAAUUCCGCACCGGCGUACAGCAUGGAUAACCUCCUCAGUCUGCUUAAUAGUGUUUUCCGGGCCAUGAAGGCAUACUACUUGGAGGAUUCAAUCAUUACUCAGACCAUCACGGAGCUGCUGCACCUGGUUGGCGUGACUGCCUUCAACGACUUGCUCAUGCGCCGCAACUUCCUGUCAUGGAAACGAGGCCUGCAGAUCAACUACAACAUCACUCGAAUUGAGGAGUGGUGCAAGAGCCACGACAUGCCAGAAGGCACGUUGCAGCUUGAGCAUUUGAUGCAAGCAACCAAACUGCUCCAACUGAAGAAGGCAACAUUGAAUGACAUUGAAAUCAUUCAAGACAUUUGCUGGAUGCUCUCGCCCAACCAGAUUCAGAAGCUCUUGAACCAGUACCUUGUUGCCGACUAUGAGCAGCCUAUCAACGGAGAGAUUAUGAAGGCCGUCGCCUCUCGAGUCACCGAGAAGAGCGAUGUCUUGCUCCUGCAGGCGGUUGACAUGGAAGAUAGUGGUCCAUAUGAGAUUGCAGAGCCCCGUGUCAUCACGGCGCUCGAGACAUAUACCCCAUCAUGGCUACAAACACCUCGUCUGAAGCGGCUAGCAGAGAUUGUCUCAGCGCAGGCCAUCGCGCAGCAAGAAAAGCUUGAGGCUGGCGAAGUCGAUGGUUUUGACGGUCAUCAACAACUAGCCGAAGUCGAGGAGUCAUCCGAGACGGAGCAGUGAGCGGCGACUUCGUAAAUCUUUCUGUGGAAAGGGGGUGAUGCAUCACGUUUGAAAAGAAAGGGGGCUGUCUAGACGUCUGAUCUGCGCAUCCGGGGAGGAGCGGCUAGCGAGUGUUGAUAUAUAAGGUCAAAAAGAGGGUUUUCUGUCAAGUGCUGCAGCACGGCAACAUAUACUUGGGGGCAUUUUUUUAUGUAUAGAGCGGAGCGGAUUUAGUUCUCCCUAUUUAGGCAAUUGCGCGGUGUCCGCUGGUAUCAAAUGAAAUAAUUAUGAAGACUGAGGGAGCGAGGAUUCCAGCAGCAAAGAAGUCAAAAGACGAAAAGAGAAGGGCGAAGUGGUUAAAAAUCGAAAGACCGGUUUGGUACACGGAACCUAUGUAGGUAGACGAAGAGUGCGUCAAGAGAGAGAGCGAGAGUGAGGGUGGAGUUGGCCUGUUUUUUUGCUUUAGUUGGGCGUUUUGC